UAUAUAGGCUUACUAUCAGUAUGAUACGGAGGAAUCCAAUUGGCUCCAAAAGGAUCCUAAGGUUAAUGGAUAUCUUUUGACCUAUUUUGAUGUCUCCUAGUUUCUCUAGCGUUCCUCUAGCUCCACUGAGCCUCCCACCAUCUUGCACUUGCCCUUCAGACAUUAUGAAACCAAACUAGCUUUGCUUGAUGAUUUUGUGGGGCGUAAAUAAAGAUAGAACCAUAGAUAAAACUAAGAAAAACACUGGGGGUGUGGCGUCACGCCCAUUUUGAUCACAUGUCAGUUUUUAAUAUACAUCCACAAUAUGGAGAUACACUGGAGAGCUCCUCUUCAACUGAAAGGUUUCUUGAAGAUCGUUGAAAUGAUAAUAGCUUUAUUGGCUUUAUCAUUGGUGGCUGGUUUUACUGCAACUAAUAGGGCUGAGUGCAAUUGGUGGAAUGGAACCAAAGUUUGCCAGAUAACUGCCAAGGCCAGUUAUCCCUAUACAAUAGUCAAUGUUACUUACCAACCAUCUUGUGAGGCUAAUGCAACAUCUGAUGUUCUUAGUGGCGACUAUAAGCAAGCAGCAGAGUUCUUUGUGGCCUGGGGCUCCCUGACUCUAUUCUAUGGGAUCAUUGCUAUACUAGUGUACAUGUUUGCUACUGCUAACAGCAAGUGGGAGUGGGUUAUCAACUACCUCAUUUUGGUGGAUCUGGUAUUUCAUGUUGUUUGGGUUCUCUGUUGGUUUAUAGCAUCAGUCGAAUGGGCUGUUGUUCAAAACGAAAUGAAAAGCUACAUCAAGACUAAAGUCAUCCAUGAUAAAUAUCUGGCAAAUAGUUGUAACGAUACAACAUACAAUGAACCAGGAUCUUAUGCCCAGGCUGCCAUUGCUGAUGUAUUUGGUUUUACAAGUAUUGUUCUGUGGGGUGUUAAUAUAUUCUGGGUGGUCAUUGACACCAGUUUCUACUUGCAAUGGAAAGCAAAGCGAAGCAGCUCUGGAGAAUACAAUCAAAUAUGAAGGAACUUACUUUUUUGAUAUCAUUGUGUUUGAUAGGUUAUUAUUGGGAAAAGAAAAGACUGUCUGUUGUGUUUUGCUAA